ACUCCAGUACAUACAUGACCUCGUGACGUCCGUCCGCCAUUCACGAUUUUUGGUCCUUCCUUCAAUCCCCCCACUAUCCUCUCGCCUGGUUAACUGUUAACAUCUUCUCAUUUGUGGCGUCUCGAACGCGCAUCAUUUCAUACACACACAUAGAUAUAUAUAUAUUUAUACACACACUCGUAUUAUAUAUAUAAUCUUUCUUCUGAAAAUUACUACUAUAUAUUUACACACACACCACAUGUUCUAUAUAUUCCAUCUCGGAAUAUGGAGGUACGUGUUUCGUUUCGAUCGGAGUGAAACAAUUAUUUGAUCUCAUAAACCAAGGUAUAAUAUUAUUAGUUAUCUUUAAGAAACUGCAACGGAAGACGAUUUCCUGGGAUUUUGGGUAUUGGUCAGAGCAGGCACAGAAUCUAGAUUGAAGAAUCAUUUAUAUUGCAAAUGAUUACAUACGAGCAAGAUCCUGAUGUUGUACGGUGGGGUCUCCAGCUUUUUGAUGGUGAUCCAUAUUCCAGUUGUGGGUAUUGUGGCACCGUCGCACAAAUUGAUCCAGAUUAUUAUCAUGAACAGUAUAUCAAAGAAGAUCAUUAUAAUACAGGAUAUAGUAAUGUGGCGAAUGAUGAGCUUAUCGCGCAUGCUCUUCAAGAAGAACUAUCGCAGCUUUCAGUUGCAGAAACACCCGAAUCUUCCCAGGAAGGAGUAGAACAUUUGCAACAACCUAUUUACCAUCAGGAUUGGAUUGGUGAAUCUAUUGGAAAUUACACUUUUGGACAUGACAAUGGCCAUCAUAAAGAGGCAGAUGAUAUGGGACCUUCUAGUUCAUGUUCUAGCCCUGAAGGAAUGCCAUAUUGUGGGGAUGAUUGGUCAUAUUCAUUAGAAAUAACGGAUGAGUAUGGUCUUGAUGGUGAAGUUGGCAAAAGGUUAAAUCAGAUGAUUCCUAUUCCUCAUGUUCCUAGAAUCAAUGGGGAAAUACCAUCCGUAGAUGAAGCAACUUUAGAUCAUCAAAGGCUAUUGGACAGGUUGCAGGUAUACCAGUUGAUAGAGUUUAAAGUUCUAGGAGAUGGAAACUGUCAGUUUCGUGCUCUAUCGGAUCAGAUUUAUCGAUCUCCUGAGCACCACGAAUUUGUGAGGCAACAAGUUGUAAAUCAGCUGAAGUCUUCCCCAGAGAUUUAUGAGGGAUAUGUUCCCAUGGCUUAUGGUGACUAUUUGAAGAAGAUGUCCAAGUGUGGUGAAUGGGGUGAUCAUGUAACUUUGCAGGCUGCUGCAGAUUCGUAUGGUGUUAAGAUGUUUGUGCUUACAUCAUUCAAGGACACAUGCUACAUCGAGAUUCUUCCAAGUGUUCAAAGGUCCAAACGAGUAAUUUUCUUGAGCUUUUGGGCAGAGGUGCACUAUAAUUCAAUAUAUCCUCAAGGAGAUAUGCCCAUAUUUGGGUCUAAGAAGAAGAGAAGGUCGUGGGCCUUUCAAGAUGAGCAUUUCGAAUUACCUGAAGAGUACAAUUGACGAAAUGAGCAGAUUCCAAGGACGGGUACUGCAGCGCUGCAGAAAUUUCAUCCUGGUUUCAUGCUACAGCGUCAUUUGUACAUGUCUGUCCUUGAUACAACUCUUAGCUACAGUCUUUAUUUUCAGCAAAAUAACAUUGGUGUGAAAGAAUUCCUUCUAGCUCGUUUCUUGCGCAGAUAUUCUAGGUUCUGCUUUCUAAUUCUGCUGUUAUGACCAAUGUUCCUAACUUGGACAUGCGAGUUUUUGUGAUCGCAUGUUAAUGGAUGGUUUUGGUAUUUCCGAUAUAAUGUGCUUUCUUAACAGAGUAGAA